UUAUCAACUGACAAGUAACGAAUCGCGCCUAACUUCACUCGGUUAUGAUUUACCACUUUGGUAAACACAAAACUUUUUAAUUACUUUUUUAAAAAUACUUUUAAAACGUAAGAUAAGAUAAUAAACUGAUAAUAAAAACAGUGAUCCAGCAAAAAACAACCCAAAAGUCUUCAAAAUCGAUAAAAAUGUCUUGCAACCACUUCCGAUAUAUACAAGGGGUGUCAAAAAACAUCCGUGCUUUCUCAACCACAUCAACUAAUAAAGAUGCCUGGCUCUCAAAAAUUUUCGUGCGAAAAAUAGAACCAACGAAGGAGUCUCACAGCCGCAUGUUAAGUGAUAAAGAAAUUGUUUAUUCGUUACAAACGCAUAAUUUUCGGCCCGAUUCGAAAAAGGAGUAUUUAACAAACGUUAAAAACACCUUAGAUUUAGUAAAAUCGCAAGAAUCGUUAUCGGAAGCCGUCGAAUUAGUGGGUUCUUGGACCGUAAACGUCGGCGAUCAAGACCAAGCGUUGCAUUUGUGGUCGUUUAAGGGAGGAUUUGAAAAAAUCGAUUCCGCCAACACCAUUUUGUCUAGUAAUAAGGAUUAUACAAAGCUUUGGGACGAACAGGGGAAAUUAGUCCGUUCGAGACACUUACAAUACUUGUUGGCGUUUAGUUAUUGGCCCCAAAUUAAAUUGAGAGGGGGUAAUAACAUCUAUGAGAUUCGUUCGUACGCUUUAAAACCGGGCACGAUGAUCGAAUGGGGUAAUAAUUGGGCUCGAGCGAUUAAUCAUCGUCAAAAUAAUAACGAGGCGUUCGCUGGGUUUUUUUCGCAAAUUGGGAGAUUGUAUAAUGUGCAUCAUAUUUGGAGUUAUGAAAAUUUGCAAGCUCGCAGGGAGACGAGGGAAAGUGCUUGGCGUAAUCCGGGGUGGGAUGAGUGCGUUGCUUAUACGGUUCCGUUGAUUAGAGAGAUGCAUUGUCGCAUUUUGGAACCCACCCAAUUCUCUCCAACUCAAUAAAUUAAGCUUAAUUGAAUUAAAUAAGCUUUUUUGUUUACUUUAUAAGAUGAAAAUGUUAAUUUGUGAUGUCGAAUUUUGUUAUAUUGGGUCGUAAUUGUAUAUAAAUAUGUUAAUAAAUUAAAUUUGCUCAUCUUUUUUUCUCCAAAAAUUUUUUUGAGGUUAAUUUGUGACAGGAGAGGUUAAAAGGGGUUAUGUUGUUAUUCAUUAAACCUCAUUAAAUGGGGUUCAUAUCAUAAUUGUAUGAUAUAUAAAUAUGUUAAUAAAUAAAAUUUGCUCACCUUUCUUUCUAC